GUCGGUAUAAUAAUUAAGAGGACACUACGCCGGAACCCAUUUCACUUCCGAGUCCCCUUGGUCCUCUGACCCUUUAAACUUCCUUUCCCGGCAUGCCCUGCCCUCUUCUACCAGCCUGAUCCAACAUGGGACGUGUCAGGACAAAGACCGUGAAAAAGGCCGCCCGGGUCAUCAUUGAAAAAUAUUACACCCGCCUGGGCAACGACUUCCACACCAACAAGAGAGUUUGCGAGGAGAUUGCCAUCAUCCCCAGCAAGAAACUCCGCAACAAGAUUGCUGGGUAUGUUACCCAUCUGAUGAAGCGCAUCCAGAGGGGACCAGUCAGAGGCAUCUCCAUCAAACUGCAGGAGGAGGAGAGAGAGAGGAGGGACAACUAUGUUCCUGAGGUCUCUGCCUUGGACCAGGAGAUCAUUGAAGUUGAUCCUGAUACCAAGGAGAUGCUGAAGCUGCUGGACUUUGGCAGCCUGUCCAACCUGCAGGUCACCCAGCCAACUGUCGGAAUGAACUUCAAAACGCCCAGAGGAGUCUAGACCUAGCUUUGUAAAAUACAGCUCUCAAUAAAGAGAAAAAAAAAAUGAUUGUGGUGGUUACAAUUUGUUCACCUUUACCUUGGAGUUCUGCAACCGUCUUUGCUGGCUGAGACUUGGAAAAGUUAUUGGCAGACUGGCUGUUUUAUCCUUUUAUCAGUAAUAUUUCAAUGUGUUGCGGUUAAUAUCAAAUGUGUAAAACAUUACAGUUGAAAUAAAUGUCUAGUUUAUCAUCAAUGAAAA